AUGAGGUCCCUGUGGCUGUGCUGGGCGCUCUGGGCACUGCCCCUGACGGGCCCCGGGGCCGCCCUGACCGGGGAGCAGGUGCGGGCCAGCCUGCUGCGGCAGCUGGGCCUGCACGAGGCGCCCGUCCUGGACCAGCGCGACGUGGAGGGGCUGGUCACCCCGGCCCACGUGAGGGCCCAGUACGUGGCCCUGCUGCAGCGCAGCCACGGCGCCCACUCCCGCGGGAAGAGGUUCAGCCAGAGAGUCCGAGAGGUGGCGGGCAGGCUGCUGGCGGCCGAGGCCUCCACGCACCUGCUGGUGUUCGGCAUGGAGGGGCGCCUGCCCCCGAACAGCGAGCUGGUGCAGGCCGUGCUGCGCCUCUUCCAGGAGCCGGUCCCCAAGGCCGCGCUGCGCAGGCUCGAGCGGCUGUCCCCGCACGGCGCCCGCGCCCGCGUCACCGUCGAGUGGCUGCGCAUCCACGAGGACAGCUCGAACCGCACCUACUUGGUGGACUCCAGGCUGGUGUCCCUCCAGGGGAGUGGCUGGAAGGCCUUCGACGUGACCGAGGCCGUGAACUUCUGGCGCCAGCUGGGCCGGUCUGGGCAGCCGCUGCUGCUGCAGGUGUCCGUGCAGAGGGCGCACCUGGGCCCGCGGGCCUCGGGCGCCCACACGCUGCUCCGCUUCGCGUCCCAGGGCCAGGAGGGCACGGGGCAGGGCGAGCCCCAGCUGGAGCUGCACACCCUGGACCUCGGGGCCUACGGAGCUCAGGGCGACUGUGACCCCGAGGCGCCGGCGGCGGAGGGCGCCCGCUGCUGCCGCCAGGAGACCUACGUUGACCUGCGGGGCAUGCGGUGGGCCGAGAACUGGGUCCUGGAGCCCCCGGGCUUCCUGGCCUACGAGUGUGUGGGCGCGUGCCAGCAGCCCCCGGAGCCCCCGACCUUCAGGCGGCCGUUCCCGGGGCCGCGACAGUGCGUCGCCUCGGAGACGACCUCGCUGCCCCUGAUCGUGGGCGUCAAGGAGGGCGGCAGGCCCAGGCCCCAGGUGGUCAGCCUGCCCAACAUGAGGGUGGAGAAGUGCAGCUGCGCGUGGGACGGGGCGCCCGUGCCCAGGAGGCUGGGGCCUUAGGGCUGGCCGUGGCCACCGAGCUCUCCGAUGGACGGGUGCACCGCCCGGGGCCUCGGUGCAGAUCUUCCAACUUAGCACCAUAGCCCUGGCCCCUGCGGUAACUUUCCUGCCUACAUGCCCCUCCCCCUGUCCUCCUGUCCCUCCGUCACCCCAAGCACUUACAGGAGUAACUAAUGCAGCGGGAUUGCCGAGUUCCAGAAGGAAUCCCAGACUGCUCUGUAGAGGAUGUAGCCAAGCACGGACAGAUGGUGAGCCGGGACCUUCUCUGGCAAAUUCGCAACGAAGCUUGGGGACAACACACCCCAAUGAUGAGAACGGGAGAAACAGACUGAUUUACUCUAUGGCAGGAGGGAUUAAAACACAACCAAAAACUUCCCGUUUCCUCUACAACCGUUUCCCCAACACGUUGACCCAUUCUGGACUUUUGUAAACGCCCUUGGGUCCCCCGCUCCCUGGGAGAUGGCUGGGAGGGAGGACGAGGGGCAGU